AUUUGAGGGAAUCGGAGAGAAGUGUAAAAUAACUAAGUGCGCAAAAACUGAAUUUUUUUUAAAUCGAAACUAUAUUUCUACAGAUUGCUUAAAUAAGCAGUCUCUGCAACUACCCAAAAUAAAUGAAAAAAUGGAGAAAUGGCUAGAACCAGUUUUUACCAAUCUCAUCGAGAACAAGAAGUUUUGCGACUGCCAAAUAUUGGUGGAGAACGAAACCUUUGAUUGCCACAAAGUCAUUUUGGCCAGUGCAUCGGAGUUCUUCGAGCGCAUGUUCCUGAGUGAAUUCAAGGAGUCCAAAUCUGGGAGAUUCCACCUGAGCGAGGUGAAGCCUGAAACUUUUGCCAAGUUCCUCGAAUAUGUGUACACCUACAACAAAAGAAAUCUGAUGGAAAACACAAACUCGAUGAUAAUGGAACUGCACAAUUGCGGAUCCACCUGGCUGGUGGGCUCGAUCGCCUCCGACUGCUUGGACAUCCUCAAGGCUCGGGCAGACUAUAUGGUGAUCGGUGAUCUUAUCGAGCUCUUUCAGCACUCCUAUAACAUAGGCCAAAGGGAGCUCAUAGAGAUUUCUGUUAGGAACUUUAAACACCGUUUUCCAUCAACAAUGAACUGCUAUGAUGUCCUGGACUUAUCCUUAGAUGUGUUCGAGCAGUACACCAUUAUUACCAAGGGAUUAUUGCCCGAGGUAGAGCGGUUCAAAAUGAUCGAGUCCUACGUUACCGUCGGCAAUGAGGCAGUGGAGGAUGUGAUCGAAUGUGUUGAUGUGGCAAAAGAUAACGAGGAAGAAACCUCGGAAACUGAUGGCAAACCCGGCACUUCUAAGGCGAUUUCCGAAAGCACCGAAGCAGGUGCAGCUGUUGUGCGAAUGGGUAAUCUUCGCCUAGAUAAGGCAAAGGACAGUAAGAUAAAAAUGAUCCAUCAUAAAUAUAUAAAAACUUUGCUGAGCUACAUUAAUUUCAAUAAUAUGACCAAGAACGAUUUUUACGACGUAGUUGGCAAGUCUGUUUUGUUAAACAACCAAGAAAAAUACGAAGGUCUGUACUUAACACGCUAAACCAGUUUAAAAAUGUAUAUCCAAGGGACAGUAUGGCAUAAUUUCUUAGCAAAGAUUUUAUCAAAAGUUAUGAAGUAUAUUUUUAAUUUGAGAGUUACAUUCCAGAACCAGUUUAUUAUUAAGAUACUUUAAUAUUAAUGUACAAUUUCAUUUUGUAUGCAG